CUGCCUCUGCUCCCUGCUCCUCCCCGUUGGUUUCCGCGCGAAAAAAUCUCGGGCCCCUGGUGCUAUUGGCUGUUGCCGCUGCUAUUGCUGGUGCUGCUGCUGUUACCACGUCUCGUGCGGCUUGGGAGAAGAUGCCGGCCCGGACCGCCCCUGCCCGAGUGCCCGCGUUGGCCACCCCGGCCAUCUCACUCCCCGAGGAUGUCCGUAGGCGGCUCAAAGACUUGGAAAGAGACAGCCUAACAGAAAAGGAGUGCGUGAAGGAGAAAUUGAAUCUCUUGCACGAAUUUCUGCAAACCGAAAUAAAGAAUCAGUUGUGUGAUUUGGAAACCAAAUUGCAUAAGGAAGAAUUAUCUGAGGAGGGCUACCUGGCUAAAGUCAAAUCCCUUUUAAAUAAGGAUUUGUCCUUGGAGAACGGUGCUCACACAUUCAGUCGACAAACGAAUGGCUAUCUAGAAAAUCGGAAUCGAGAAGGCCUGAGAGUGGGAAUGGCAGAGCCAAAUACACCUCCAACUCCCACUUCUAAACUUCGGACACCUCGUAGAAGCAAGGCUGACUUGGAGAAUAAACCAGAAACUCCAUCCAGCUCCAUGGUUACAAGGAGGACUACCAGGCAGACGACCAUCAUGUCUCAUUUCACAAAAGGCCCCACUAAGCGGAAACCCUUGGAGGAAUCUGAAAGUCUGAGAUCAGAGGAGUCAGAAGAAGAGCAACACGAUCAGGAGGAGAAGAGGCGUAGAGUUACAGCCAUGGAAUCUGGCGCGGAGAUUCCUGUAGCAGAAGCGGAGAGUGCUUCGCCAGGAGCCCUCGGGGACCCGGUCAGCAUCAAAGUGGAGGAGAGCCUCACAAGUCCUGACCAACAACUAACGCCUAAAUUGGAGGAGCCAGACAGAGAUGCGAGCCCAGGAGCAGCUGCACAAAUAGACGAAGAUGAGAAGUGUAUAAAGGAUGAAAAGAGGCCUAGGAGUCUACUCAGGGACAUAACUCCCAGACGGAAAAUGAGACCCGAAAAGCGAUCCACUCCAACCACUCCUGCCUCAAGAGCCACAUGUGACAGGGAUGAGAAAAGAAGCAAAACCAAAGAAAUAUGUGAGAAAGACAUCGGGAGCAAAGCAAUGCUGAGCCACAAGCCACAGGAGCCCAGGUGUUCUGAGUGUGGGCAGUACCUGGACGAUGCAGACCUCAAGUAUGAGCAGCACCCCCAUGAUGCUGUGGAGGAGCCGCAGAUGUUGACCAGUGAGAAGCUCUCCAUCUUUGAUGAUACCACUGAAACUGGCUUCGAGAGCUAUGAGGCUUUACCCCAGCACAAGCUGACUUGUUUCAGUGUGUAUUGCAAGCGUGGCCACCUGUGCCCCAUCGACAAUGGCCUGAUCGAGAAGAACGUGGAACUCUUUUUUUCUGGUUCAGCCAAGGCAAUCUAUGAGGACAACCCAUCUCCUGAAGGCGGUGUGAAUGGCAAACAUCUGGGCCCCAUCAACGAGUGGUGGAUCACGGGUUUCGAUGGCGGGGAGAAUGUGCUCAUGGGCUUCAGUACCGCGUUUGCUGAAUACAUCCUCAUGGAGCCCAGCCCUGAGUACGCCCCGAUAUUUGGGCAGAUGAGGGAAAAAGUGUACAUCAGCAAGAUCGUGGUGGAAUUCCUCCUGGGAAACCCGGACGCCAUGUAUGAAGACCUCAUCAAUAAGAUUGAGACCACAGUGCCGCCGCCUAACCUGAACCUGAACCACUUCACGGAGGACUCACUCCUCCGCCACGCACAGUUCGUGGUGGGACAGCUGGAGAGCUACGAUCGGGCCAAGGACACGGAUGAGGAGCCCAUCUACCUGAGCCCCUGCAUGCGGGCGCUCAUCAAACUGUGUGGCGUGACGCUGGGACAGAGGCGAGCUGUGAGCAGCCGUUCCUCAAGAACCCCUGUCAAGGACAAGGACAAGGGCCCCACAAAGGCCACCACCACCAAGCUGGUCUACCAGAUCUUCGACACCUUCUUUGCGGAACAGAUCGAAAAGGACGAGAAGGCUGACAGGGAGGACAAGGAGAAUAAUUCCAAACGCCGCCGCUGUGGUGUCUGUGAGGUUUGCCAGCAACCUGAGUGUGGCAAGUGCAGGGCGUGCAAGGACAUGGUGAAGUUUGGCGGGAGUGGGCGGAGCAAGCAGGCGUGUGUGCAGCGCAGGUGUCCCAACCUGGCCAUGAAGGAGGCCGAAGAAGAUGAGGAGGUGGAUGACAACAUCCCGGAAAUGCCAUCUCCCAAGAAGAUGCACCAGGCAAAGAAAAAGAAGCAGAACAAGGCGCGGAUCUCCUGGGUUGGGCCGGCCAUCAAGGUUGAAGGGAAGAAGACUUUCUACCAAAAGGUGUGCAUCGACGAGGAGACCCUGGAGGUGGGCGACUGUGUCUCCGUCAUCCCUGAUGAUUCCUCCAAGCCUCUCUACCUCGCGAGGGUCGCAGCGCUGUGGGAAGAUGGCAGUGGGAAGAUGUUCCACGCGCACUGGUUCUGUGCUGGCUCGGACACAGUGCUGGGCGCCACGUCAGACCCGUGGGAGCUGUUCCUGGUGGACGAGUGCGAGGACAUGCAGCUGUCCUACGUCCACAGCAAGGUCACCGUCCUCUACAAGGCGCCCUCGCCCAACUGGGCCAUGGAGGGAGGCCUGGAGCCCGAGGACAUGUUGCUGGGUGAAGCCAGCGAUGGCAAGACCUACUUCUACCAGCUGUGGUACGAUCAGGACUACGCCAGGUUCGAGUCCCCACCCAAGAUGCAGCCCACCGAGGACAACAAGCACAAGUUCUGCGUGAGCUGUGCCCGGAUGGCGGAGAUGCGACAGAAGGAGAUUCCCCGGGUUCUGGAGCAGGUGGACGAAGUGGACAACCGAAUCUUCUACAGCUCAGCCACCAAGAAUAGUGUUGUGUACCGCGUGGGUGACGGUGUGUACCUGCCCCCAGAGGCCUUCACGUUCAACAUCAAGCUGUCCAGCCCCGUGAAGCGGCCAAAGAAGGAGCCGGUGGAUGAGCUCCUGUACCCUGAGCACUACCGGAAGUACUCGGACUACAUUAAAGGCAGCAACCUGGAUGCGCCCGAGCCCUACCGCAUUGGCCGUAUUAAGGAGAUCUUCUGCGCCAAGAAGAGCAAUGGCAAACCCAAUGAGGCGGACAUCAAGAUCCGCGUGAACAAGUUCUACAGGCCGGAGAACACACACAAAUCCACGCCGGCCAGCUACCAUGCAGACAUCAACCUGUUGUACUGGAGCGACGAGGAGGCGGUGGUGGACUUCCAGGCAGCGCAGGGCCGCUGCUCCGUGGAGUACGGGGAGGACCUGCCCGAGUGUGUGCAGGACUACUCGGCCCGCGGGCCAGACCGCUUCUACUUCCUUGAGGCCUACAAUGCCAAGAGCAAAAGCUUCGAAGACCCCCCAAACCAUGCCCGCAGCCCUGGGAAUAAAGGGAAAGGCAAAGGCAAAGGGAGAAGCAAAGCCAAGUCACCAGCCCCGGAGCCCAGUGAGCAGGAGGCCAUGGCCAAGCUGCCCAAACUGCGCACGCUUGAUGUGUUUUCGGGCUGCGGAGGCUUAUCCGAGGGAUUCCACCAGGCCGGCAUCUCGGAGACGCUGUGGGCCAUCGAGAUGUGGGAGCCCGCGGCGCAGGCAUUCCGCCUCAACAACCCCGCAUCCACCGUGUUCACUGAGGACUGCAACGUGCUGCUCAAGCUGGUCAUGGCCGGCGAGGUGGCCAACUCUCUGGGCCAGCGGCUGCCCCAGAAGGGCGACGUGGAGAUGCUGUGCGGCGGGCCGCCCUGCCAGGGCUUCAGCGGCAUGAACCGCUUCAACUCCCGCACCUACUCUAAGUUCAAGAACUCCCUGGUAGUCUCCUUCCUCAGCUACUGUGACUACUACCGUCCCCGCUUCUUCCUCCUGGAGAACGUGCGCAACUUCGUGUCCUUCAAACGGUCCAUGGUGCUGAAGCUCACACUGCGCUGCCUGGUCCGCAUGGGCUACCAGUGCACUUUCGGGGUGCUGCAGGCUGGGCAGUAUGGUGUGGCCCAGACACGCAGGCGUGCCAUCAUCCUGGCCGCCGCCCCGGGGGAGCAGCUGCCCCUGUUCCCUGAGCCCCUGCAUGUGUUCGCGCCUCGGGCCUGCCAGCUGAGCGUCGUGGUGGACGACAAGAAGUUUGUCAGCAACAUCACACGGUUGAGCUCAGGCCCCUUCCGGACCAUCACCGUGCGGGACACCAUGUCCGACCUCCCCGAGAUCCAGAAUGGCGCCUCGGCCUCCGAGAUCUCCUACAACGGGGAGCCGCAGUCAUGGUUCCAGCGGCAGCUCCGGGGCUCCCACUACCAGCCCAUCCUCAGAGACCACAUCUGCAAGGACAUGAGCCCGCUGGUGGCCGCACGCAUGCGCCACAUCCCGCUGGCACCCGGCUCCGACUGGCGGGACCUGCCCAACAUCGAGGUGCGGCUGUCGGACAACACGGUGACCAAUAAGCUGUACUACAACUACCACGACCGCAAGCACGGCCGCAGCCGCUCGGGCGCCCUGCGGGGCGUGUGCUCCUGCGUGAAGGCCGGCACCGCCUGCGACCCCCUGGCCCGGCAGUUCAACACACUCAUCCCUUGGUGCCUGCCGCACACCGGGAACCGCCACAACCACUGGGCCGGCCUGUACGGGCGCCUGGAGUGGGAUGGCUUCUUCAGCACCACCGUCACCAACCCCGAGCCCAUGGGCAAGCAGGGCCGCGUGCUGCACCCGGAGCAGCACCGCGUGGUGAGCGUGCGGGAGUGCGCCCGCUCCCAGGGCUUCCCCGACACCUACCGGCUGUUCGGCAACAUCCUGGACCGGCACCGGCAGGUGGGUAACGCCGUGCCGCCGCCCCUGGCCAAAGCCAUCGGCCUGGAGAUCAAGCAGUGCAUGCUGGCCAAGGCCCAGGAGAGCGCAUCAGUGGAAGUGAAAGAGGAUGAGAAGGCCACCAAGGGCUAGCCCGCCCGUCGUCGCUGACCCUGUCCUGUCACCAGGAGCCCCCACACGCCGGUGUUGGUGUUGUAUUUUUGACAUGUUUGUGUCAGUUAAAAAUGCGUUUCAUACGGUGGCGUGGGCGGCCUUGGCUGAAUUGAGCUCUUCCUGUGACAUUUUCUUUUGCUUCUCCACGACUUAGCAACGCAGCGAUCACUGUCUCAAUUUAAAAAAAAAAAAGUUUUUUAUGAUGGCAUUAUAUCAAAUUAACCACUUUCCAGGUGGAAAUCAAGACUUUAUGUAGUUUUUGUAUGUUGUAUUUCUUCAAAUAAAUCUAUAAAGCAACGCAA